AUGACUGAAGGAGCAGUACUGGGUAUCUGCUUAGUAUCCAUUCCAAAACCGUAUUGGAAGGGUUUGAUCGAGAAAGAGAAUUUACCUGUUUCACCUAGAUUUAAGAGGAAAAGACUUGGAUCCAAGACUGAAGUUGAAGUCUUAACAUCAAUCCCUCCACCCAUAUAUUAUUCUAACCUUGAGAAGAGUUGGAACACUACAAAUUCAAGUAAGCAUGAACCAAUUUUUCACCAAUAUGAAUACAUGGAUGAUAUAUCUAAUGAAGAACAUGUGAGGCAGGCUUUAUCUGUAAAUCUGUUUGAAAAUCUUAAUUCAAUUACGGCUUUACGAGAACCAAGAGAAAAUAGUAGAAGUGAAAACCGCAUGGGUCUUGAGCAAAACCCAUACCCCGAGAAACUUUCUGUUGUGGAUAUUUUACGCCAGAGAUUUGGGUAUUUGGUUGACAAUCAUUCACAGUAUGGGAUACUCUCAACGUACAACCAAAACUGGUUCAUUAAGAGACCCAAUGAUGAACCUCGUACUCUGGAAAUUUCCCCAACGAUAGAUAUACAAUCGGAGAAUCCUUCAAUUCUUAAAUGUUAUGCCUACAUACAACAUCUGUCGAAAACAGAUACUGGAUGCGCUAGUCCUGGUCUAACACCACUAUCUUCACCAUCAUACGGUCAUAGUUCAAAUGAUAGUUCGGAUAAUAUAUCCUUAGG